GAGCCAGUCAUGUGCUGCUGACAGGGGAGAAAGCUCGGAGCGGGGUACUAAACUUUUCCUAAGUAGAUCCUAACUCUGCUAGGCUUACACAACUGUUUACAGAAACUAAUUCUUGGUUAUUUAGAAGUACGUUCUGGUCUACGGCAUUACAAACGAGAAAGGACAAAAUGUUAAAUUCUCUUACAGAACGUUAUGAAGCGUUUUUUAAGCAGAAGAACGUGGUAACGGAUUUUCUAAAGGUGUUAGAGGAAAAAACUGGAGUUCAGAAACAGUAUAUUGCAACAGGUGCAGUGUCUUUGGUUGCGUUGUAUCUCAUAUUUGGAUAUGGUGCCUCUCUCCUCUGCAACCUGAUUGGUUUUGCAUACCCAGCAUACGCCUCCAUCAAAGCCAUAGAGAGUUACAGUAAAGAAGAUGACACCAAAUGGCUAACCUACUGGGUGGUUUAUGGACUAUUCAGUGUGGCUGAAUUUUUCUCUGAUAUCUUCCUCUUUUGGUUUCCUUUUUACUAUGCAGGGAAGUGUUUGUUCCUUCUGUGGUGCAUGGCCCCAUUCUCAUGGAAUGGCUCUCAGAUCAUAUACAGGCGUCUGGUGCGACCUUUCUUCCUCAAACAUGAAGCAGUGUUCGACAAUGUUGUCAGUGACUUGAGUGGCAAGGCCAAAAGUGCAGCAGAAUCUGUGGCAAAGGAAGGCCUUACAUUGCUGAACAGUGAGAAGGAUAAAUAAAUUGACGAAGGGGAAGAAUCAUUUUACCAGGAGCCCUCUGUUUACACUGUAUUUUUUUUUUCUUUUGCCUAGCACUAAACCCACUGAAAUUAUGAAUCUUUACUGCAUCUGAGCCAGUUUUUGAAUUUCUCAAUGGUCCUCAAAUGUUCUUGAAUUGCUAUAUAAUUUACUUUCACAUGUUUUGUGUUCAGACAAUAAAUUAUUUUAUCACUUUGACCAA